UAGCUUCUCGUAAGUAGCAAGUUGCCGCUGAUCGCUGGUGCCAACGCCCGGCGAAAGAGACAGCUAACAUCAGCCAGCGGAGGAACAUCGCUCACUGCAGAAUCAAAAAGCACAGACAUGCAGACUAUCAAAUGUGUGGUGGUGGGUGAUGGAGCGGUGGGAAAAACCUGCCUUUUGAUUUCGUACACCACGAACAAGUUCCCCUCUGAAUACGUACCGACAGUUUUUGACAACUAUGCAGUAACUGUAAUGAUCGGGGGUGAGCCAUACACCCUUGGCUUAUUUGAUACAGCAGGUCAGGAGGAUUACGACAGGUUACGACCACUAAGCUACCCACAGACGGAUGUCUUCUUAGUCUGUUUCUCAUCCGUUUCACCUUCUUCGUUUGAGAACGUCAAAGAAAAGUGGGUUCCUGAAAUAACUCACCACUGUCCCAAGACCCCGUUCCUGUUGGUAGGCACCCAGAUCGACCUGCGCGAUGACCCCUCCACAGUGGAGAAGCUAGCCAAGAACAAACAGAAGCCGAUCACCCCGGAGACCGCCGAAAAGUUGGCUCGUGACCUUAAGGCGGUGAAAUACGUCGAGUGCUCAGCCCUAACACAGAAAGGAUUAAAGAAUGUGUUUGAUGAGGCAAUACUGGCUGCCCUGGAGCCCCCUGAACCUAAGAAAAGGCGUAAAUGUGUUCUGCUCUAAGUUUCGCCGCAGCCUCUUCCACACCAGUUUCCAAAUCUAGGUUAACAGUCCUGAAGAGGUUUGUUGCACAAGCACAUUCCAACACGAGUGACGAUAUUAUGAAAUGUCUGCCUUCCGGCUGACUUAGCCUAACCUAAAUACAUAUUCAAUGUGUUGAUGAUUUUGAGUAACAUCUGAUGCUGUCUGUUAUGAUUUGAUGCCAAUGAAAUGGUCUUACACGAUGGGAACACUGAAUACUUCAGAUACAUCAACGAACUUGUUGGUGAAAUAAUAAAUUAAAAAAAUGCUGUUUCAGUUUGACCACAUGUUUAGAGUUCAUUUUGCAGAAGUGCAAUUCCAAAAGGAAACACUGACAUGUUUUUUUGCUUUUUUAAUAGAACUGUUUUAUUGACUGCCCUGUAAGAUGUAAACAAGCUGAGGGUUGGGUUAGUGAGCUGCUCCAAUUAUGUAUUAGUAUGUGCUACAUCGAUUCUAAAAUUACUUUUCAAGUCAUUCCCAUAAUGUUUAUCAUUUAUUCUACAUAUGUUCGACCCUGUAGCACAAGACUGUGUGGUUGACACGGCAUCGUCAUAGAAACAGACAAAUAUUAAUUUCUUCGAGUGUUAAUAAAAGCUGCCGUAGUUUCCAAUUUUUUUCCGCUCUCCUACAUCAUUUUAUGUUUAACGUCGGCAUCGCCUCUGGGCGGAUCCGAGACAUUUGAUGACACAUGACAUUUCUAGGCUAGGCUCCAUUGUAGUUCUCGUUUGCCAAACUAUAACUUUAUAAAUUGACACUUGUCAAAGUAGAGAUCUGCAGACGCGGGGGAACGUAUGGAGUUAUACUUGUCAAUGUAACCAACUAUAUGCAAGAAGUUGGAGCACAACGAUUUCCCCGACGUUUACUUUUUGUGACAAGUGAGUUAACGAGAACACGAUGUGCGUCUCGAAUGCUUCUGAAAAGCGGCAGACGAACUUUAAGAGAAUUCCAGCCCGUAACCCUCGGCUAACGAACUAUUUUGUAAUGUGAGCAGACUUGCUGCGGAAGUCGUAAACGCAUUGUUCUUACAAAAUGCUCGACGUAGUUUGAAACCCUGUGAAGAUUUUUUGACUGACUGAAAUAGCACUAUUUGCAUUUGUCUUUUACUAUAACCAUGCCUGAAUUGUGACGGGCUUGAAUUUGAUUUGUAAAUGCAGUGAGAUUAACUCAUAAUUUAUUGACUUAAUACAAUGUGUGCGUUACAAAUAGAGAUUUGGAGGAAAUGAGGUGACACUGAAAUCACAAAAAAAAUGUUGAGAGAACAAGUUACUCUUUGGAAUUUUAUUCAAUUUGACAUCAAAGUUGUAUUGUACCUUGCUUGUGAUAAAGCACCACAAUAAACCUAACUUCAAAUACUA